UGCACCAAGAGCCCGAAACACAGAACUUGGAAAUUUAAGUGAGAGAAAUUUAAGAAAACGAAGUAGUAAAUCGAUCAAGCGAUAAAGGAUUUGUUGUUUUUAAUAUUAAAUCGUUCAGUCGAUCGAUCCAGCCGAGGUAAUGCUGGCGUGGAUCGACGUUUUUCCAUUGCUUCAGUGAUACGAGAGUUCCGUGAUAAAAGUGCGCGAUCUCUCGUUACGAAUUACGAUGGGGUCGAUCCCGUUGCUAAUUUUGGGGCUGCUGGCAUUAACGAUCUCGUAUUCAAAUGCAGAGAUCGUUAAGGACCCAACGCUAUGCGGCCGAUUAAAAUGUCAAGUAGCGGACGAUCCGAAAUUCAAGUACCAGGACAAGCUCUUCUACCAGUACCGCUACCGAGUGGACGUCGGCGCGAAUCUGGGCGAGGCCGUGCGCGCCAAGAACGAGUCGCGCAUGUACAUCGACGCGGACGUGACGCUGCGCUUCCUCACGCCCUGCGACGGCCAGCUACGCUUCGCCAACGUCAGCAUCAGUCACGAUCGUCGCCUCUAUCAGCCGGACUUCCCGGACCGAGCCGGGGCCGAGUUCAAGGCCGGCCUGGAGCGUCACGCGCUCCGAUUCGCCUUCCACGACGGCCUGGUGCGCGAGCUGUGUCCCGAGCCGCGCGACGAGCCCUGGGCGCUCAACGUGCGCCGGGGCGUGCUGUCGAUGCUGCAGAACACGAUGCUGCGCUUCGACGUGGACAGGCGACACGAGGAGCUGGACGUGCACGGCGUCUGCGAGACCAGCUACAGACUGCACGAGGCGCGACGCACCAGCUUGGUCUUACGUAAAAGUAAGAGUCUGGCCACUUGUCGACAGGCCGGCAAGCACCUGUCGCUGGUGCAGUCGCACGCCUAUCGCAGCCCGCUGGCUCGGGUUCACGCGCUGCGUCAGCCGUUGGUGGCCUCGAGCAGCGAGUGCGACAUCACCAUCGAUCACAACGUCUACCAGCGGGUGAGCUGCGUGGAUCGGCAUCGGUUGAGGCCUCUGGCCAACGGAGAUGGCACGGCUGGAGCUCGUACCGAGGUACUCGCCACGCUGGACCUCGUCGCCGAGACAGCGAGCGAUCCUUUCGCCGGCCUGGCUCCGAUCGACGACAACGACCAAGACGGCCAACUCGCGCCGUCCGACGAGCCCAGCAACAGGUCGUCCGCUUCCGGCUCCGGUAGCAGCGGCACAGCCCCAGCGAUCAUCGGCCGCCGCACGAGUCUCCUCUACGAUCACGGCCGCUCGAGCCGCACCAUCUACGGCGAACUGCGAGCAUCUCGCGACCUCCUCAAGACCAUGUGCGUGCUGGGCACGCCCCAAGAGCUGCGCGAUCGCUUCUCCGAGACGUUCACGCGUUUCGUCCACUCGGCCCGUAUGCUCGACUAUCAGGGCCUGUCGCAGCUCUAUCAGCGCUCGUCGGGCAUCUGCAAGACGGGCAAGAAGCACAUCGUCAACGCCCUGCCGUUCAUCGGCAGCAACGCCGCCGUGGCCCUCAUGAAGGACCUCAUCGUGAAGAAGCAGGUGAGCAAGGACAAGAUCGACUACUGGAUCACGGCCAUCACCCUGAUACCGAGGCCGGAUCGCCAGACGAUUCUGGCGCUGGCGCCGCUGCUGGAGCAUCGGGCCAAGAUACCGCAGGUGCAGUUCGUGCUCAGCUACUCGGCGGUCAUACACUCUUACUGCUCGAAUCACGAGCCCCGGGAGUGUCUCGAUUUCGAGCCGGUCAAGAAGUUCAUGAGGUUCGUGGAGGACAACGUCGAGAAGGGAUGCAGACCGCGAGCCUACGCGAGAGCCGACGUCAAGCAGACGUUGGAAGCUCUGAAGGCCAUCGGCAACGCCGGCGUCGAGACGGAGACGCUGUCGCGCAAGCUGCGCCAGUGUAUCAGCGACGAGAGCGGCUUCAUACCGAUGGAGGUGAAGAUCGCCGCCGUGGAGGCUCAUCGUCGUCUGCCCUCGUGCGAAAAGUCGAGGGAUCAGUUCUUCCUGGCGAACUAUCGAAACUUCACCGUCGACGCGGAGCUGCGUAUCGCGUCGUAUCUGCAGGUGAUGCGCUGUCCCGACUACAACGUCAUCAAGAUCAUACGACACACGUUGGAAGAGGAGGAAGUCAAUCAAGUGGGCUCGUUCGUCUGGAGCCACCUGAAAAACCAGCUGACCUCCUCGUCGCCCAGCCGCAUCGAGAUCCAGAGUCUGCUCACGGAUCGCGACCUCGGCAACAAGUUCAACAGCGACCUGCGCAAGUUCUCGCGCAGCUACGAGUCCUCUUUCUUCUCCGAGGAGUACAACUUCGGCGCCAAUCAGCAGACCAACCUCGUGUUCUCGCCCAAGUCCUACGUGCCGCGCACCGUCAACUUCAAUCUCACCGUGGACCUCUUCGGCGAGUCCGUGAAUCUGUUCGAGGUCGGCAUGCGCGCCGAGGGCCUGGAAUUCUACGCGGAGAGCCUCUUCGGGCCCAAGGGUCCGUUCAGCGGCGUCAAGGUGGCCGAUCACUUCAGGCAGUUCGUGCGUCAGUUCCGCGACGCCAAGCCCGAGGACGACGGCCGCGAGUACUGGAAGAAGGUCAAGGCUCUGCCGAACGUGAUCGACAACGACUUCGAUCAGCCGCGCGUCAGCCUCAGCUACAAGAUCUUCGGCAACGAGCUCAAGUUCGUCAUGCUCGAGACCGACGAGGAGAUACGCACGACCCUGGCGAGUCUCAAUCCUUGGGAAAAGAUCAAGCAGAUAUUGUCGGGCAAGGAGAUAGUUCACUACGAGAAUUACGCCAUGUUCCUGGACUCGUCUUACGUACUGCCGACCACCGCGGGUUUGCCGGUGAGGCUCGAUAUAGCUGGUUCCGCUGCCUGUAAUAUCAAGCUCUCGGGUAUUUUGAACAGUCAGAAAUUUAUGAGCGAUGGAGAGCUCGAGAUCAACGGUAACAUCAUGCCGAGCGUGAGCGUCGACGUCACGGGCAGCAUGAAGGUGGACGCCUUCUACAAGAGCGCCGGUCUCAAGCUGAAGAACAGCGUCUACUCGAUCGGCGCCGUCGAGGCCGAUCUCAAGAUCAAGGGCCUCAAGCUCGCGCGACUCAGCUGGAAGAUCCCGAACCACAAGAUGGAGGUGUUCUCGCUGACGACGGACAUCAUGCUCGUGACGAGCAACGGAGCCGAGACCAAGGAGCAGCCGAUCGGUCUACCGAUACCAACGUCGGACAAAGAAUCGAGCUCGAUGUCCGGUAGAAUUAUCAAGAACACGACUUGCAGCUGGUCGGCGCUGGACAAACUGGUGGGUCUGAAGCUCUGCGCGGACUAUCAGUUCCCGAACGUGACCAAGGACGAGAGCGCCUCGUACUUCCUGCUCAACGGGCCGACGAUCUUCAAGCUGUCGCUGAUCAAGGCCGACCCGACCGCGGACAGCUACCUGCUCGAGUACAAGUGGAAGCGUACGGUAGUAAGUAACGAGAGCACGAUUCGCGUGGCUUUCGACACUCCGGGCUCGCAGACUGAACGCGAGAUAAGCGCCACGUUGUCCUUCGACGCCCUCAACAACAACGUCUUGCUGCUGCUCAAAUCCAAGGGCAAUUCGCUCAUAGCCCAGGGCACUUACAAACGUACCAACGACGAGACGUUCGUCGACAUCGGCCUCGACAGCAACGGCACCAAACACUUGGGCGCCAGUGUGGGCUACUCGCGCAAGAAAGCCAAACACGGCUACACUUACUUCCCCAAGGUCUACCUGGCGAUCAACAACGAGCGAAUCGUCAAUCUGUCGGGUGCGAUCAGAAGUCAGGACAAGGCCGACUCUGGCUCGCAGUGCGACAUCGACCUGCGCUUCGAGACCAAGAAUCUGGCUAGUCGAGUGCUCGGCUAUGUGGCGAGAACCAACGCCAGUGUCCAGGGCAACGUCAAGAUCGACUAUCGUUUCCACGCUAAUGCAAGGGACGAAGUGUUGCAGACCGAGUUCUCGCUGAUCAAUCGCUCCACCAAACAAGUCACCUACAAGUCCGCAGAUAUGAAGCUCCACUCGACGGCUUAUCCCCAGCUGAACGUCGUCGCCGGGCUCAGAUAUCAACACGCGCUGGGUCAGGUCGAGCUGCAGCUCGAGGUCAAUACCAGUCCGCAUCUGCACAAUCCGGACAGGCACAAGCUCGUGGCGGAGUUCGUCGCCGCGUACUCCAAGCCGUACUUCCAAACGGACGGAGCUAACGUCAGUGCCCACGUGGCCAUUAGAAAACCGGUUCAGGACAUCGACAUCAAGGUGGGAGUGGACUAUCGCUCGGUCGGGCCCGAGUCCAAGACCGUAUUUUUGGUGCGCUACGCGCCCAACAAGGAGAUCACCCUCGCCGUGGACAUCGUCAUGCCCAGAGGCACUCUGCUCGUCGUCGACGGCCGCGCCAAUCUCACCGUGCCCAAUUUCAACUCGAUGCUGCUGAGCGCCAAGAUCAACGAGCGAGCGAGAAACGAGUACGAGCUCGAUUUCGCCGGCACCUGGUUCAGCGGUCACAAUCUCUCGGCCAAGGGCAGCUAUUACGAUCGCUCGACGGCCUCGGUGACGAAUCACGAUCUCAAGAUGCUGCUGAGAUCGCCGAGCUUCGCCAAGGACGUGCUCGUCACCUGUCAGCUGUACCGCGACGUGGCGGAUCUGAGACUGGGCCUGGACGUCGAGCAGAUCGACAUGGACAGGUACGCCCUGGCGCUGAAUCACACGAGCCUGACCGCCCGACACUUCCGCACGUUCCUCGAGGCUCGCUACAAGAACAGCACGUACUCGAUGUCGGCGGAGGUGGAUACUCAGCGCGAGGCCAAUGUCAAGCUGCACCUGCACAAGUGGAGAGACGUACAUCUCACCGCGGUGGGUAUUAACGAAGAGUCGAGGAAGGAGGCCGGUCUCGAGAUCAAGUGGGACGCGGCUCGAGAUCCCAACCUCAAGUUCUUGACUAAUUUCCAUUUGAGCCGGUUCUCGAGCUUGGAUCGGGGCCGUAACUUGAGCGCCGUCAUGCGGAUCUCCUAUCCAGGACGUAGUCUGGUUGGCUCGUGUUUAUUGGCCCAGCGGCCUAGAAACAAUUACGUCCUCGACACGAUCCUCGAGUGGAACGUCGAUCGAGCGAUACGAUUCAGCCUCGACACGGACUUGGACAAUCGCGACUCCAACAAGAUCCUCAAACUCGAGUCUCAGCUUUUGACGCCGUUCGAGAACUGGAAGAAGACCUCGCUGAACGGCAAGUAUCUGCAGACCGAGCAAGACCUCGAGGCAAGCGGCAGCAUCUACUGGCAGGACUCGCAGCACGUGAUAUUCGACGUGACCGGCCAAGCCCGCAGAGCCAAGGACAAUCUAACUUCGGAAUAUAGCGCUAAUGCGGGACUAUUGAGUACCGUCCACGCCAUCCAGUGCGUCACGGUGAAUCUGACGCACGUCCACGUGCACGGUCGUAGCGCCGAUUCGAGACUGCUGAUCAAGUAUCAUCCGGACAAGGUGAUCGACGCGAGGAGCGUUUGGCUGAUCGACAGUCACGGAAGCGACGAUUCGUUCAACGUGACGGGAAAUCUGCAGCUGACGUCGCCCGUGGUGAAUUACAAGAAGGGAGAGUUGAAGUGUCAUCUGAGCUCGAGGCCCAACUGGCGCUUCUACGGAGCGGCUAAUCUCGAGUUGGAUAAGAGGAAGUAUACCGGACAUUUGGUCGGCGAUUUAGCCAGAUUGAAGGAAUCCAUGGUUCAAUUAAACGUGACGACGCCGUUCGAGAAAUACUCGUUCGUCCGAGCUCGCUUCGGACUGUCCGAGAGAAACAGGCAUGUGGUGGCGGAGGUAGCCACCCCGGCUGGACCGCUGGGCAUCGAAGGUAUCUGCCAGCUGUUCACCAGCAGCUACGAUUUCAACGUGAAGCUGCUGGUCGCGACUCCGAUCGAUGUGCUGCAGCAGGCUCUGCUCGUAGCCAAGCUCAAUCAAAGAGAGGCCGAUUUCCGAAUCGCUUACAAUGACAUAACUGCUGGUUUCCAGGGUGUUUGGUUCUAUCACAACAUAACGAGUUUCCACUACAGCUACAUCCUGUACACACCGUUACAAGGAUUCGACGAAAUUGGCAUAAUAACCAAACUGGUGGUCGAGCAAAAGGAACCAUCCGGAAUGAUCGACGUCGACACGGAAUUCUCGCUGCGCGUCGUCGAGCUCAAGGCCGGAAUCAAGGCGCACGCGGGACCGAAACCGCUCCCACCCGUGGCCAUUCCCAGCAAGCCGGACUUGAGCAAGGUGACGAACACCGAAGAGGACAAUCAGGAGACGUACGACUUCAGCGACGAGUUCGACUCCAGUUUCUCCUGGAAAGGCGAUCUGGACAUCGACCUGGUGAUCGUCGAGACGCUCUCCGCGUCGGUCGACUACGAACGCGAUGGUGCGCUGGACAAGGUGUUGGCCAUAGUGAAAUUACCAGUCGGUAAUAUCGUUCUCGAGGAUCGAUUCACUCUCGAGGACUUUUUUCACAUCAAGAACGAAUUGAGCAUCGACACUCCGUUCCCCAGCGCAUCAGAAAUAGUGUCGCUGUACAAUUUGGACCUUGAUAUUGACAAAUCCGAGUAUUUGAUGGAUCUGAGCUUCAACAUCAGAAAUUAUUCCACCUGGAUCGAGAGCGGAUUCAACAUUAAUUACACAUCGCGAAACUCCGAGGACAGCGAACAACAGAUUCACAUGUUGAAGUUUGACAUGAAGACUCCGCUACGUUUCUUGCUGUUCCUGAAAUCCAACUCCGUCAUUGAGAUCGAUGAAAAUCUGUACAAAGCUAACGUGUCGAUGCGUUCCGUAGAGAGUUUGGUGGAUUUCCUUGGAUCCGUCGAGCUUGAUACACAUUAUUUGGACGUCAAUGUCGAGGCCAAGUUGGACAGUCCCAUAAUGAGCCUAGCGAAAACGAAAUUCAACGCCAAAAAAGAUUUCACAGACAAAGAGAAGCACAUUGAGAUAAUACUAGAUGUUUUCGAACCAACUGUAAAAAAUAGUAAAUUUGCCGUCAGUUGGCUCAUCGACGACGGACCAGAAAUGAAAGGAUCAAUCUUCAUAAACACUUGGAUCGAGCCCAUAAUCAACGUCGAAGCCGAGGUAGAUUUCAACAAUAACUUACUUACCGAAAAUUCUGCGGACCUCGUGGCUCGUUUGAGCCAUCACAAAAAUCAAGAAUACAAGCUCACCGGUCGCUUGAAGGAUAAUAAAGUAGACGCCGAAAUAGACACGACUGGCAAGCGAUACGUCUUCAACGGAGACUUGAAAACCAUAAGCACCGGCUUGUUCGAGCUGGUCGGAACAUUGAAAAACUUGGACACGGAUGAAGUUUACGACGUCGUGGGUCCGAUAAAAUACGAGAACGACGCUUUCUCUUCGGUCGACCUGACCAUCAGCUCGAAAGCCGCGGGCUCGACUCAGCAGCCGACGAAGCUGAGCUUGAACAGGGAAAAGUACGGAAUCAGCUUCACCUCGGAGAGCCACAGGAUCAACAGCAGCUUGAAGAUGAACUUGGUCAAUCCUUACAACUGGGACGUGCGCGUGGCGGUGGCACCCGUCGACGCCGGGUCCUACGACCUAGUCACCUUCAUGAACGUCCAGGUGAACGGCAACACGACGCUGUACGUCGAGGCCGAGACGCCCUGGCCCGAGCUCGCGAAAUUAGUGUUGGACGGCAAUCUGCUGCUGGACAAUCGGACCGGCUACGUUCGAGUGGCUCACAGGUUGAAUCACGAGGUCGGCCGCUGUCAAUUCGCCUGGCGACUGUUCUACAUGAGCGACAUGUUCGCGCAGAUCUCGGCGGGUCGCGAGCUCGACGGCAGCGACAGAAACAAGGACGUGGUCGCGACGGUGUUCUACGCCAAUCCCCAGCGCGCCUUCAAGCACGUGGAGACCGGCUUCGACAUCGACGUCGACAAGGAGCAGUGGCGAUUCGGUACCAAGGUGUCGGUGGGUGCACAGGACCAGAGCAACGUCGACGCGCUGCUGACCAUUAGGCUGCCUCCGCCGGACGCGGAUACGCACAAUUUGAUACUGAGUUAUCACGUGCGCGACGAGUUCAAGGAUCUCGACUACGUCGUGGGCUACAAGAGCGACGUGGCUCGGUCGAAUUACGCGUCCGACGGUUCGCUGAAGAUGUCGGCCAACGACGUGGACGGUCACCUGAGACUCGCUUGGGGAACUCGGAUCAACGAGACCCUCAACAACGUCUUCAACGUGACCUUCGACAGCAAGACCAUCGACUUGAAGUACUCGCUCUUCACGCCGCUCUACGAGCAAGAGGAGACGCUCGUGCUGCUCGCGGGAUACGACAGCAGGGACGAGGAUCGCACGCUGCUGAGGACCGACAUCAAUUAUCCCGGCCAGAAACGCAUUGGAUCGGCCAAGCUUUUCUACGAGAGCUUGAUCAACAUCAACGGUACGCUCAACGCCUCGACGUCGUUCCCGCAUCUGUCGGAAAUCGGCUGCGAAUUCGUCAUCGUGACGACUCUAAAAGAAAACAAGCGCUUCGUUCAGCUAUCCUGGCCCAAUAACACGGCGCUCGUCGACUCGUUCUACGCCUACAACAGCGAGCGCCUCGACUCGAAUCUCGACGGCCACCUGCGCGCCGAGGUGCCGCUCAGCACUCGCCACUGCGGCCUCUUCACUUACGGCUACAAGAAACGCCCGCUCCACACCCAGGGCUACUCCGAGUUCGUCUACAACGAGGAAAAAAUCAUGCAGGGCAGCUACCAGUCCAAGAGCGAGUCUCGCGCGGGCUUCGAGCGCGAUCGCAUACAGAUCGGCAUCGAGAACGCCCUCAUGCCGCUCGGAAUCGUCUAUCUCAAUGAGUUCGAGUACAGCGCCGGCAAUUACGGCACCAACUAUCCCACGGUGGAGUUCAAGGAGGUAAACGUCUACCAGCUGAACAACGCGACGGCCUUCAACGUGACGGGCCAGUCGAGGAUCCGCACGACGCACACGGGCCAGCGGAUCGAGCUGCAGGCCGUGCACUCGAAUCGCACGGUCAAGUUCAAGACGGAUUACGACGUGCUGCCGGGCGAGUUCGAUCAGAACUGCUGGUUCAGCCUGGCCGAGGACGCUUGGAUCUCGUAUCGCAUCAACGUCUUGAACAAGACCACAGAAGACGCGGAGAAUCAGUUCAUGGUGCUGAGCGUCGUUUAUCCCAGGCGUAAUUUCACCCUGGACGGUUCGUAUUCGAUAACGACCUCGGCACUGAACGCCGAAGCCAAACUGAUCUGGGACAGCCACAUGGACAGAGCGAAAGAUCUGGGGCUCGCCUUCGAUUGGACCAACUCCACGGAAUCGGACAACGAGAUCGCUCGGCAGAAAGCUGUACUGAGCUUCAGACAUCCUAGCUUCAAGAAGGACGUCAGAUUCAUCGGUACACUGGCCAGGCGCGAUUCGCGCGAUCUCCUCAACGUCGGCCUGGUCGUCGACUACUCGGCCCAAGAGGACAAACUCGUGCAACUUCAGGCGGUGAUACGCGACGAGAGCGAUCUACCCACCGAGCGCAAGUACAGCUACAGAAUUCGAGGCGAACACCCGAAGACUCAGCUGAAGCUGGACAUGAAGGGCCACGCCCGAAGAUACAGAUCCGAACUCGCUGAAACGUACAACGACGCCAAGUACAAGCGCAGCUUUCUGCCCGAGGAGUGCGGCAUGCUCAUGGGCCGAGUGGAUCUGAGCAGGAACGAGGUCGAGUUCCGUCGCGAGAGCAACGAUCUGGUCAAGUAUCUGCAGGCGAGAUACUAUCCGACCUAUCCGCGCUACUCGAUCAACGGCAGCGCCGUCAACGGGCACGAGCUCAACGCCACCGCGGAUUUCUUCAUCGAUUUCGACGACAAGAUGACCAAGAUGAUGGUGAAUUACACGCCCGACGCCGUCGAGAGUCUGAGGAUGUACGGCAGCAUUCCGGACGCGAGAAACGCUCACUUCGACAUCUGGCGCACGUACGAUCAGGAUCUGCAGGUGUCCGACGUCACCUUCUAUCUGCGGCUGAAUCACUCGAGACUGGUGACGUCCAAGAUGAAGUGGCGUCCGGAGCUGAAAUCCGACGUCGUCAAUGCCAUAAGGAGCGCUCUGUCGAAUUCCUAUCAGGAGCUGAGCAAGGACCUGGACUAUUGGAGACAUUACGUACGCAGCGAAACCGUCAGCGUGAUAUCCGACAUCUGGACCGACGCCCAGGACGAGCUCGAGGACUUUCUCGAGGAUCUGAACGAGCUCCGAGUGAUCGAGGGCGACUUCGAGAAUCUCAAGAUCUAUCUGAACAAGUCUUACCAGGCCAAUGACUUUUACAUCAAGGACAUAGUGGCCACCGCGAUUUACGCCAUCGACGAGCUCGCUCUGCGCAGCCACAUCCAAUCGCUGCCCAACAUCAUCAACGAGAUCUGGGAGAUAAUGGGCGAAUCCGGUCAGGCCGUGCGCGACUCGCUGCUCUGGAUCAUCGAAACGGUCAAGCAAGCCUAUCGGAAGCUGUCGGAGAUCGCCGGAGCGAUCCUGCGCGGAGACUCGAUGAACCAGAUCGCCAGCAUCGUCGAGAAGAUCAUCAUCAAGUACGACAUGUUUGUCAAGGAUCUGCACGUCUCCUUCAUCAAAUACAUCGAGCAUCUUUACAACAAGAUCUAUCAGUCGAUCGCCCUUCAGUGGCAUCGCUUCCUCAUGCACAUGGAGCCCAUCUUCAUCCAGCUGGCCCACUACCUGGAGACGGUGACCUGGCGAGCGGUGCAGGAAUUCUUCAACUUCCUCUACGAUCGCAAGCUCGAGCUCAUCACCUCGCCCUACUACGAUCACUUCUCCAACUUCACCCAGGACAUCGACAAAUUUUAUCGGGACGUCAAGGCCAACGACAUCAUCACCAAUAUACAAAAGUACUCGUCGUCCGUCAUACAGUUCCUGAAGGAGCGCUACUUCGCCUUCGUGCCGUUCGGCAAGGAGUUGAAGGACGUCGUCGAGGAGAUCUUCAGCGAGCUCCAGGAGCUGCAGAAAUUGCCGUCGGUCAAGUACGCCACGGAGAAGCUGGGCCAGUUGCGCGAUCGCGCCGUCUACCUCUGGGAGUACUUGGAGGUGCGAGCCAAGCUCGAGACCACCAUCCGGCUCGUGCACGCCAAACUCAUGGACAUCAGCCAAACGGCCCUCCAAGCCGAGAGUCGGUAUCGCGAGGCCAAGACCAAAUUCGUCUACGACCCCAACAACGGCCUCAUGCUGCUCGAGCAGAAGCUGCCCAUGUCCUGGCACGCCUUCAAUCAGACGCCCGAGUUCCAGGAGAUACCCGAGUAUCGAGCGCUGGCCGACAUGGGAUCGUACUUCGCCGCGUCCAACACGACCUUCUGGACGCUGUACUAUCAGAUCAAGCCGCUCACCGAGCCCACCAACUGGCUGCCACCCUUCAAAGCUCAAGCGAUGAUAAUCGGCGCCCAGCACUUGCGCACCUUCGACGGUCGCCACUUGGACUUUGCGGGAUCUUGCUCCUCGUAUCUGCUGGCGCGAGACUUUGUCCGCGACUCGUUCGCCUUGCUCAUCAAGUACAAGGUGGAAUCCGAUGGCCGACUGACGCACAGGCUCGUCGUGCUCGUCGGUAGACACGCCGUGGAGCUCGAUAUAUUCAACGACAGCGUAAGACUGCUCGGCGAGGACAAGCCGCUGCAGAUGCCGAUGGAACUGGACAACGGCAGCGUGUUCGUCUACCAAGACGAGAGCCUCGUCAGCGUCGAACGCGCCGACAAGCAGUUGAAGCUCGAGUGCAAUCUCAAGUACGAGUUCUGCAAUCUCGAGCUGUCGGGCUGGUACUACGGCAAGACCGCGGGUCUCCUCGGCACCAUGAACAACGAGCCGAGCGACGACCAUCUCGCCUCCACGGGCCGAGUCGAGCGCGGAGCCGUCGGCCGCUUCGCCCAGAGCUGGUCGCUCGAUCCCGAGUGCUCCUCGUCCAGCGACGCGGAGAAGGCCCAGGAGAAUCUGGCCAGGUCGGCGCCGGUCACCUCGCAGCUGAGCCGCGAGUCCGACUUCUGCCAGCAGCUGUUCGGCAACAAGAGCUCCGAGUUCGGCUCGUGCUUCCCGAUCGUGGAGCCGAGCGGCUACCUCGACGUGUGCGCCCGCAGCCUCGACGAUCGCGAGGCCUGCGCCGUCGCCAUGGCCUACCUGCAGACCUGCAUGUUCCACGACACCUACCUGCGCAUACCGAAUCGCUGCACGACCUGCAGCGAGGCAGGCAGCGGCCUCGAGGUGCCCGAGGGCGAGUUUCGCAAGCUCGGCGCCGACAAGCAGAGCAGCAUCGGCGUGCCCCAGUCCGUGGACACGAUCUUCAUCGUCGAGGCCAAGGAGUGCAAUCGCGCCAUCGGCCAGAAUCGCAGCAUCGACCAACUGCUUCAAGCCAUCAACAAGGAGCUGCAGGAAGCCGGUAUGCGCGACAAUCGCUGGUCACUGGUGACCUUCGGUGGCCGGGGCGUGUACGAGAAAGCCCGCAGCCUCGUCGUCGACAACGCCGUCUUCGCCCGGGACGCGGCGCGCUUCGCCGAGUACUUCGAGCGCGUGCCCGUGGCAGAGGGUGGCAGCCAGGACAUAUUCGAGGCCAUCAGGUUCGCCGCGCAGCUAUCCUUCAGAGCCGGAGUCGCCAAGACCUUCGUCCUCAUGCCUUGCUCCAAAUGCGAUCCCGAUGCUCAGACGCUCGACUACUCGACGCUGUACCACGCGCUCCAGGAGCGCGGCAUCAGCCUGCACAUCCUCAUGGACGGCGAGUUCCACUUCGACAAGGGCCGACUCAGCAAGAUCUUCUACGGUCUGGACGCGCAGCGCAGCUACACGCGCAAGGACGCCCGAGUGCUCAGCGGCGAUCCGGAGCUGCGGCGCCAGGUGCGCCUGUCCAAAAGCGCCCUGGGCUACUGCAUGCCCCUGGCCCUGGAGACCAACGGCACGAUCUUCGCCGGGGCCAAGCUGAGGCAGCGCGAGCGCGCCGGCGCCCUGCGCAAGUUCUGCGCCGUGUUCGCCAAGAGGCUGGCCCUCACGGCCCGACCCAGUCCCUGCCAGCACUGCGAGUGCAUCGCCAACAACGACGGCCUGAGCAAGAUGGAGUGCGCGCCCUGCGACUAUCCGAUGCCCAUUACCGUGGAUUUCGAGACUACCGACAACGACGACGAUAUCUCGACUAUGCAAGGCGGUGAUUUGGAUUACGAUCUCGACGAGGAUUAAACAUCUAUAACGCCACCCUUUUAGUACUUGUACAAAUGUAUCAUGUUAAAUCUUCUCUCUUUUUUUUGUUUUAAUUUUUAUCUACUCAAUUAUAAGAAAAAUUUGGAAAAAUAACUUUUAACACAAAUUUUAAACUAUAUAAUAUAUCAUGAAUUUACUCUUACUUUAUACAGAUUUUAUAUAUGACAUCUUCAUAGGUUUAUUACAUUUAGAUUCGAUUCAGUCUCUGUGAUGUAACGCAAUCUCUCUCUGCGUUACACAAUGUGUUUUUCUCAUCAUGAGAGUGUCUUGUAUUUAUUUUUUUUAUCAUAAAUUUUAUAAAUAUUUAUAACAAUA